AUGUCGCAACUCACUCCCCUUCGUCCCGGUGUCUAUGCACCAACAAUGACCUUCUUCGAUCCCCAGACCGAGGAACUUGACACUGCCUCCAUCCGCCGCCAUGCAGUUCGCCUAGCCAAGGCCGGUCUGGUUGGUCUCGUCACCAUGGGAUCUAACGGCGAAGCCGUCCACUUGACCCGCGAGGAGCGCAUGACAGUCACCCGCGAAACCCGCUCAGCCCUCGACGAGGCCGGUUUCCAAAACGUGCCCGUUAUCGCCGGUGCCAGCGAGAACAGCAUCCGCGGCACUAUCGAUCUGUGCAAGGAAGUCGCCAGCUCAGGCGGCGAGUAUGCUCUCAUCGUGCCUCCAAGCUACUACCGCGCGGCCGUCGGCAACGACGAGACUCUAUACGAGUACUUCACAGCCGUCGCUGAUGGAUCUCCCAUCCCUCUCAUUCUAUACAACUACCCAGGUGCUGUUGCCGGAAUCGACAUGGACUCUGACCUUAUCAUUCGCAUCUCCGAACACCCCAAUAUCGUCGGCACAAAGUUCACAUGUGCUAACACCGGAAAAUUGACUCGUGUUGCAUCUGCACUGGGUGCUAUUGUUCCUCCCUCACCCCUGGCUCCUGCCCAGCGUACUGCUGCAACUGUCUCCAAGCCUAACGCUAAGCACCCUUACGUUGCGUUCGGCGGUAUUGCUGAUUUCAGUCUCCAGACUCUUGUCUCUGGUGGCUCGGCUAUUCUCGCUGGUGGUGCGAAUGUUAUCCCCCGUCUUUGUGUGCGCAUCUUCAACCUUUGGUCUGAGGGCCGUCUGGCUGAGGCUAUGGAAGCUCAGCAGCAGCUUAGCGCUGCCGAUUGGGUUCUUACCAAGGCUGCUAUUCCGGGUACUAAGUCGGCUAUCCAGUCUUACUAUGGAUACGGUGGAUACCCACGUCGCCCUCUUGGUCGUCUGAGUGAUGCUCAGGCUCAGGAGAUUGCCAAUAAGAUUAAGCCAUCAUUGGAUGUGGAGUUAUCGCUGAAGGAUGUGGCAUAG